AUGAUGUCCUGGUGGUCGUCCUCGGCCAAUACGGCUCUGGACGAGCAGAUUGAAAAGGCCACCAGCAGCAGCCUAGAGGACAUUGCCCUCAACCUUGAGAUAUCCGAUGUCAUUCGCUCCAAGACAGUUGCGCCCAAGGAAGCUAUGCGCAGCCUCAAACGUCGCAUAGGCAACAAGAACCCCAAUACGCAACUCAGCGCUCUGAAUCUCACAGACACAUGUGUCAAGAAUGGCGGCUCCCAUUUCCUGGCCGAAAUUGCCUCUCGCGAAUUCAUGGACAACAUGGUGUCCCUCCUCCAAGCUGUUGGCGGAGGCGCCGUCAACGCCGAAGUCAAGUCCAAGAUCCUGGAACUGGUUCAGUCUUGGGCUGGAGCCACAGAAGGCCGAUACGAGCUCUCAUACAUCGGAGAGGUUUACCGAACACUACAGCGUGACGGCUAUCGAUUUCCGCCCAAGGUUGCUGUCGCCAGCAGCAUGAUCGAUAGCAAUGCGCCCCCGGAAUGGGCCGACUCUGACGUUUGCAUGCGCUGCCGCACCGCCUUUACCUUUACGAACCGAAAGCAUCAUUGCCGCAAUUGUGGAAAUUGCUUCGACCAGCAGUGCUCAAGCAAGACUGUUGCUCUUCCUCACCUAGGAAUACACACUCCGGUUCGGGUCGAUGACGGUUGCUAUGCGAAGAUCACCGGCAAGGGCUACAAGGAUCUAGGUCUUCUGCAAGAUCGGUCUCCUACCUAUCCACACAAGACGAAAAGUACGACGGCUAUGCAGCCGCGCAACGCUCGAGUGGAGGAUGAUUUCGACGAAGAUAUCAAGAAGGCCCUAGCCAUGAGCUUAGAGGAAGUUAAUGGUUCUACCAAGGGCAAGGUUUCGUCGCCCGUCAACGUCGUCAAAAGCAGCAGCUCAGCCGCCGCAAAGCAGGCCGAAGAGGAGGAUGCCGAUUUGCGGGCCGCGAUUGCUGCGUCAUUGGCCGACAUGGAAGAGCAAAAGCAAAAGCACAGCGCCGCGCUGAAGGAGCAAACCGCUACACCGUCGGGAAGCGCCGCCAGCGCAUUCGCCAUGCCCAAAAACGACUACGAGCUAACGCCUGUUGAAGCCGAGAAUAUCAAUCUGUUCGCCACCUUGGUUGACCGUCUUCAAACGCAGCCUCCUGGAACCAUCCUUCGAGAACCCCAAAUUCAAGAAUUAUACGACAGUAUCGGCACGCUGCGCCCGAAGCUUGCUCGCACCUACGGUGAGACGAUGAGCAAGCAUGACACGCUUCUUGAUUUACAUGCCAAACUGUCGACUGUUGUGCGAUACUACGACCGAAUGUUGGAGGAACGAUUGUCCAAGGCGUAUAGUCAACCGCAUCUUGGGUUUAGCCCUGCUCCUGUCCGCCAACAUGCCAGCCCAUAUCCAUCCAUCUCAGCCCAAAACACCGGAAACACUCACGGCGAGUCGUUUUACACUGGCCAGCAGCCAGGCUACCCCUCCAUGCGAAGCCCGAGUUUACAUCAAGCACAAUUAAGUCAGCCUCAGUUUGCAUCAUACGGCGCGAGACCUGAUCUGGCUCAGGGUCACUAUGCAUCGAUUCCGCAACAAGCAGAACCACCCCGAAUACAGGCGUCGCAUCAGCCUACAAUGCCACCGUCUGCUGACCCGAAUAUGGCAUACUAUGCCAACCCUAACGCACCGCCCCCAGCGCAAGCUUCCUCCGGACCGUCGGCGCCCGGACCUGCACCAGAUGCCACACAGUCACCAUACCCGAAUCUUCAACAAAUGCAAUACCACCGUGGAUCGGUAUCAUCCCAGACGCAGGGUACGCCGGUGCCGGCACAAAGCCAGCCGGCGCAACCCCCUCCCCAGCAGACCCAGCAACCUCCCCAGCCAUCCGUCCCUAGAACGCACCAGCAACCAUAUUGGCAGCAAGCUCAGGCGCCGACGCCAUCACAGCAGGCCCCGCCGAACUGGGGGUAUGCAGGACAGCUCCCGUCUGUCCCGCAGCACGAGCCUGUGAAGCAGCCCGCGCAAGAGGAAGCGCUGAUUGAACUGUAA